CAUCGACAAAAUUGUAGGUUCACAGACUCGCACCUUAUUGAUCACUAUGCCUCCUAGACGUGAACGCCCAUCUGUUACUAGAUCAGCGGGGAGAGGAAGGGGUCGUCCCCAACCUCGUUAGCAAGAUGCAGUAAAGGAGGGAUCAGCUGCAUCCACAUAUCGAGCAGCAUCUGCUGCUGAGCAGGUAGAGAGUCCUCCACAUCCACCUCCUUCGCCACCUACUAGUAUUCCCGCCAUGCCUUUUGAGGCAGCACAGACAUUGGUAGUUUUCUUCACCGCAAUGGCUGGUCAAGCUCAGACUAGUCAGGUUCCACCUAUAGUGCCUCCAGCUACUCUUUCAAUUCUGCCAGUACAAGAUGUAUCUAUUUCCAAGAAGUUGAAGGAGGCUAGACAAUUAGGUUGUGCUUCUUUUACGGGCGAUUUGGAUACCACCGUAGCCAAAGAUUGGAUUAAUCAAGUUUCGGAGACACUAUCUGAUAUGAGGUUGGAUGAUGACCUAAAGUUGAUGGUGGCUACGAGAUUGCUAGAAAAGAGAGCUCGUACCUGGUGGAAUUCGGUGAAGUCCCGUUCCACUACUCUUCAGAUAUGGUCAGACUUUUUAAGAGAAUUUGAUGGUCAGUAUUUCACUUAUUUCCAUCAGAAAGAAAAGAAGAGAGAAUUUUUGAGUUUGAAACAGGGGAAUUUAACGGUAGAGGAGUACGAGGCUCGUUUUAAUGUGUUAAUGUUAUAUGUGCUAGAUCUGGUGAAAUCUGAGCAGGAUCAGGCCAAUUAUUUUAAGGAAGGGCUCCGUAAUGAGAUUAGAGAGCGGAUGAUAGUGACUGGUAAGGAGCCGCAUAAGGAAGUAGUGCAAAUGGCUUUAAGGGCUGAGAAGCUCUCAAAUGAAAAUAGGAGAAUGCGAGUUGAGUCUGCAAAGAGGAGGAAUCCGAGUGUAUCCUUCAGCCAGCCACCAAAAGGGGCAAGGAUUCACUUGUAUAAGGAGGUAAUACCUCUGUUCCAGUAACAUCUUCCCAACCUUCAUUUUCACAGACACAGCAGAGGCCUUCGAGAUUUGGUAGGUCUAAGAUGACUAUUUCUAAGAAAAGAUCCCAAAGUUCUGAUAAAUGCAGAACGUGUGGGAAUUAUCAUGUAGGGCUGUGUAGAGGGCCGGUACGAUGUUUUCAUUGUGAUCAACCUGGUCACAUUAGGAGUAACUGUCCCCAAUUAGGACAGGCUACUAUAGCUCCUCCAUUCCCACUAGUUCAUACGGAUAUACAGGGGAGAGAUUUUGUUGAAUCACAGCAGAGGCAAGGUGUGACUAUAUAAUCUGGAGUGGAGAGUAACACUCCAGUGUAUCCACCUUCUAGACCAUAGACUCGUUCUUCGACAAGAGUUUUUGCUGUAAUGGAAGAUGAAGCAGUAGUCCAACCUAGAGAAAGUGAGUGAAAAGUUAGAUGAAAUGUGAGAUAGUGACAAAGGAUGUUAAUAUCAAACAAGGAGAAUGUAAAUAAAGGUUUCAAGAAUAAUAUAGUAAAUGAGUUCAUAUGGAA